AUGCUGGAGAUAGUCAAGGCACGCUCUUCCGCGUUCCCAUUGUUCACCUCAUUCGCCCACGUCUGUAUUGCAGUGGUCAACGACGAUGUCCUCAUCAUGCCCAUGAUCGAGACCAGAGAAGGUGUUGAAAACGUAGAAGCCAUCGCCGCCGUGCCGGACAUCGAUGCCUUGUUCAUCGGCUGCGCAGAUCUCUGCAUGGAGCUCGCAGUCCCUGGGCAAUACGACUCCGAAAUCUUCCACUCUACCGUUGCCAAAAUCGCCAACGCAGCAGAGAAGGCGAGCGUAGAUGGACGAAAGGUGUUCGUGGGACUCGGCGGGCUGGAACCGAGACCAGACCUCCUGGAGGCACUGGCGAAACGGCGUGAUACUAUUCGGCCGUGA